AUGCAUAUUUCAUACGUUCUGAUCUUCUAUUUAUUUUUUGGCGUGACUUUUUCGAAUGCUUACAAUUGUUAUGAAUGCUGGAGUGUUCUGGUACCAGGUUGUGGUGAACCAUUCAAAGCAAAUACUAGAAUAGAAUUCAUAAAACUCUUAACAAAAGGAAAUGAAAUGUGUAUAACUACAAAAAUUGGUUAUACAAAUGAUUGGCGAAGCAUGACAUCUGUUCAAAGUGCUAAACUAUGCGCCAUUUUGAUACUAUCAGCAUGUAUUAUGCCUAUCGAAAUAUCACAUUCAUUUCAUGAUACUAUUGAUUUAACUCGUCUUCGUUGGCGUUUUGUGAUAUGUGCUGCUUCAUUCUAUGUUAAUGCUAUUACAUGGGGAUUUAUUUCUUCCACUGGAAUUUUCGAAGAUGCAUUCAAAACUACUUAUCAAUUAUCAUCAUUUAAAUCAACUCUUCCAGGUUCUAUACAAAUUGCUACUAUGUCUGUAUUCAGCGUUUUUGCCAGUGUAUUGGCAAUAAAGUAUGGUGUUCGGUGGACAACAGUAUUGGGUGCUUUUAUUUCAGCUAUUGGUUCGAUAUUGGCAGCUGUUGUUGGAGAUUAUUGGGCUUAUUGUUCAUUCUAUGGACUUUUGGUUGGUGCUGGUGAAGCUUUUAUGCUUGCCGUUUUGGCCAUUCCAUCUUACUUUCACUUUAAUCGUGUUUCAUUAGCAACUGCUACAGCUGUAAGUGGCGCAUCAAUUGGAAUGUUUGGAAUCCCAUUGUUACUUCAAUAUCUUCUUGAUUCAUAUGGUCUUCGUGGAGCAACACUUUUAGCAAGUUGUUUAUGGUUAAGUGUUGGUCUUGCUGGUUCUUUGUUUGGUCAAGGUGUAAUCAGUAUUGAAGAAGAAAAUACGGAAAUGCUUGUAGAUGAAUCUUUUGUUACAAAAACAGAAAAUGAAAGAGAACAUCCAACGAUUAUGCGACGUCGGUCAAAUGCAUCCAAUAGUGGAUUAGUAUAUAGUCGACGAACAUCUCUUUUACCAACUUCUGUUCAUUAUCCUAAAGAACACAAACGUUUAUCGUUAUCCAAUCAACAACACCGUAAUAAUGAUAAAUUAAUAGUCAACCAGCCUAUUAUUUUAGAAGAAAUAACAUCCAAUACUCAAGAUAAAUCAAGAAGUUCAGUAGAUUCAUCACCAAUCACCAUGAAGUCUCAUACUGUUCAAUCAAUAAACACUAAUGCUCAUUCACUAAUCCCUCAUAAUGAUCACAAUCGUUUAUCAAUUGUGGCUAUUGCACAUGCAGUUCGAAUGGCAGACAAUGCAAUUUAUAAACAAAUUGGUAUAUCUCAACAAGAACAAGAACAACAAUCUCAAAUUCAAUCGAAUUUAUCCAAAGAUAAUGAAAAUAUUCGUUGUAAAAUAAUCUCUGAAAUAUGUUGUUUAUUUCAUAUCAAUAUCUUUCGUAUAUUAAUUGUGUCGAUAAUUCUUGUUUGGUCAUUAGAUGAAACAAAUUUUUUAUUUCUUACUGAUCUUCUUAAAUCAUCUGGACAAUCAGAACAACGAUCAACAUUAUUAAUUUCUAUUAUAGGUGUAGCUGAUCUAAUAGGACAAUUAUUUUUUGGAUAUUUGGGUGAUAUUGAAUGUAUCGAUUCAUUUAUUCUAUGGACAUGUACAUCAAUUAUUGCUGGUUUAACACUUAGUAUAGUUCCAUUAGUUGGAUCUUAUGGAAUUAUUGUUUUAUGUAUACUUUUUGCUAUUCAUGCUUUCUUUCUCGCAGCUCCUAAUGCACUUGGCAAUAUUAUUAUGAUAGAAGUUGUUGGUAUGCAUCGUUAUCCUAUGGCUUAUGGAUUUAGUUUGCUUGUUAGUGGAUCAACAUCCCUGUUCGGUUAUCCAUUACUUGGUUUGCUCAAAGAUAAAACACAAAGUUGGACAAUACCAUUUGCACUUGUUGGUGCUAGUAUGAUUUUUGGUGGUCUCGUAGCGGGAACAAUUCCAUUAUAUACAUUUUAUAAGAAGAAAAAAAGAAAAUCAAAAGAGAUAUCCAUGACUGUAGAAUAA